GUCACCCCCGGCCUACACAAUGCCCUACUUCACCACCAGCGCCGAGUGGUUAGAGCAGUCGUCGCUACUGCUUAAAGCACGCCCAACUUCCACACGAAUCACGUCCAAAUACACCGUGUUGAAGCCCACGCCAUCCAAAAUCGCAAAGCGAAAAGCCUACGAGGCCAAGAGGGCAUCAAGACCCGCUGACACAACGCGGACGUCGUCGCCGCCGCCGCAAUCGCAAGACGUCGAGGAAGUCACGGUUACCUUUACAUUGAAGACAUACGACCCGGCAUCGGGAACGUCAUUGAAAUAUGAGACAACCAAGGGUGCAGAGGUUGGAAGGCUAAUCGGGAACUUGAGGAGACUAGGUCGACACAUGGCCGCGCUCCCGGAGCUUGCAGAAGAGUCAGCUGCCGGUGAGGGCGCAUCAGCACCACAGGCUGAUGAGAGCGGAGAUGUCAAAAUGGGUGGGGUCCCUGCGGAUCCCAAGGCCGGCACAGGUACGGGUGGCAAGAAGAAAAAGAAGGGUAAGAAAUGAUUGGUCGGCACAUGGUUACGAUCACGAUUCACGGGCAUUCGCAUGCUGUCAGCGUGUUCAGCGCAUCCAGAGAUUGACGGCAGGGAAAGGCGAGGAAAAGGGGGAAAUUAUCAUGGCCACUACUAUCUCAGCAUUUGCAUGCAGAUGAGGGCUAAAAAUACUCAUUAUGACUACCGAAUGGAGAUACCCAGUC